CCCUCACUUCUCCACUGAGCCUUUAGGAGUGAGGAGGGGAAAACUGUAGAGCUGCACAAUGAGCUGAUAAACAAAUAUUGCGAGCACUUAUUUGAAAAGAAUCCAGUCUAAUCAUGGUUAAAUCAGUUUAAGCAAGUUUAGUCAUGCGUGCUUAGUAGCAGAGCUCCUUUUUGAGUUGCGGGUUACAAGUGAUCGGAAAUCUGCUAUGGAGGACUUGGUAAGUCAAAAUGAGUCUGAGCACUGACAAUGUCACAAACUUGCGGAAAAAUGGUUCCCUGGAGCCCGACGACGGGGUGUCUCUCCAGCUCAACUUUACGAACAGUUCUGGGGGAAACAGUGAGGUGGACCUCAGCAGAGCCAUCCCGCUCGCCCUGGUGCUGGGAGCCUUCAUCGUGUUUGCCAUCGCGGGCAACAUCCUCGUCAUCCUGUCCGUGGUGUGCAACAGGCACCUGCGCACCCCGACCAACUACUUCAUCAUAAACCUGGCCAUCGCAGACCUGCUGCUGGGCACCACGGUGCUGCCCGUGUCCGCCACCCUGGAGAUCCUGGACUACUGGGUGUUCGGCAGGAUCUUCUGCGACAUCUGGGCUGCGGUGGACGUGCUGUGCUGCACCGCGUCCAUCAUGAGCCUGUGCGUAAUCUCCAUAGACCGCUACAUCGGGGUGAGCCACCCGCUGCAGUACCCGGGCAUCGUGACGGAGAAGCGGGCCCUGCUGGCCAUGCUGGGGGUCUGGGUGCUGUCCGUGGUCAUCUCCAUCGGACCUCUGCUCGGCUGGAAGCAGCCGCCCUCUCCGGACGACACGGUGUGCCUCAUCACCGAGGAGCCGUUUUACGCGCUCUUCUCCUCGCUCGGCUCCUUCUACAUCCCGCUCGCCGUCAUUCUGGCGAUGUACUGCCGCGUGUACAUCGUCGCCAAAAGGACCACUAAGAACCUGGAGGCGGGUGUGAUGCGAGAGAGGAUGGACACCAGCGAGCUGACCCUGAGGAUCCACAAGGGCUCCCAGGUGCAGGACGACGCCGGCACCGGCGGCACCAAGGGCCGCGCGCACCAGGCCAGGAGCUCCCUCACUGUGAAACUUCUGAAAUUCUCCCGGGAGAAGAAAGCAGCUAAAACUUUGGGAGUUGUGGUCGGCAUGUUUAUCCUUUGCUGGCUGCCCUUCUUUUUGGCCUUGCCCAUAGGGUCUUUUAAUGUGAACCUGCGUCCGCCUGAACUUCUCUUCAAAGUAAUAUUCUGGCUGGGCUACUUCAACAGCUGCCUGAACCCCAUCAUCUACCCCUGCUACAGCCGCGAGUUCAAGCUGGCCUUCAUCCAGAUCCUGAGAUGCCAGUGUCACCAGCGGCAACGCCCCGGUUGGCGAGCCUACAACUACCGGUCCUCUAACCUCAGCGCCUCUGGACACUCGCGCAAAAGCUCCACAGAUCACAACUCCAGCUGGAUGAAUGGGAGUCAGCGUACUUUGCCGUCCUCGGCGAGUCCAAGCCCCAGCUACCUGAGCAAGGGCCUCCCCCCUUGCCCCGAGGGAGAAACCUUCAUCUGGGGAGCCACCACCCCAACUCCCUCCACACCCAGCCUGCUGCCUGGCAGCCCCGCUGACUGUCAUCAGGCAGUUACGAGAGGGGCGAUAAGAGCGGGGAAGCCCGCUGAAGAGACCCCCGGGGGGGUUUUCUCUUUCUCCUUCGGGAACCAUAAAGACAAGGCAGGGCUCAAUAAAGACAGCAUAAUUAAAGAUGACAAAGUGUGACUGCUGGGUAUUUCUAAGAUGGGAAUAAUUCCUUUCUGGGAUUGCAGUCAGAGUGUGGAUGUAAGAUUUCACAGGUUUCACUGUAUAUGAUCCAUGAUCAUUCAUCAGUCAAUGGAGCGUCAUUGUUUCUGCUGCUGUAUCACAGGUGUUUUGCUUUACGUUCCUGUAUCUGCGAAUGACAUCGACAGAUGUUUUCUUUUAGUGGGCAGUAAAGGAUUAAAGACAGUUUAUCAAAUCAAUGUUGUUUCCAGUUGUGGACCGCAAAGAAACCUGCAUGCAUUUCCAUUCAACUCCAAAGGAACCUGUAAAGGGCUUCAACACACCUUCUCCUUCUUUUAGUUUAUUAUCAUCUUUGCUGCAAGGAGACUGAACAUGAACCUGACUCCUGUAAAAAUGUGUGACAAGACAAAGGAUCAAAAGUCUGUUCAAAUCACAUGAUAUCUUUAUGGCAUAUUGUAAAGAAUUAAAUAUAACCUGUUUUUGUUUGUUUUGGUUUUUUUUAAUGUGCGCACAAUCAUCAGAUAUCAUAUUGUUGGUAUGUUUGUAGAAAUGUGACAUAAAAGAAAUUAAAAC